AUGGGCCAGGAAGUGUCACCUCCCCUCCCGGAGGGUAUCUUCUCCCUUCUGGAUACCGAUUUAUACAAAUUGACGAUGCAAUGUGCAAUCCUCAAGUACUUUCCCGAUGUUUAUGUGACUUACGGCUUCACGAAUCGCACGAAAGAAAUGAAACUGCGAAGAGAAGCAUACAAGUGGCUUUUGAGACAGAUGGAUAGACUUUCGAAUAUCCGAGUGACUCCCGAAGAGAUCGACUUUCUCAAGCAGCGAUGCCCAUACUUUAACGAAGCGUACUUUGAAUUCUUGACAACCUUGAAGCCCAGGCCUUCCGAACAGAUUGAUAUUAAAUUUACACCGGUGCAGGAUACUGGCAGUGACGACGACGAGGGUGAUGUUGAGUACGUCAUCAAGGGUCUCUGGGUUGAAACUAUCAUCUAUGAGAUUCCUCUUUUGGCCUUGACUAGCCAAGCGUACUUCAUGUUCAGUGACACGGAUUGGGAUUACACUAGUCAAGAGGAUAAGGCAUUCCGAAAAGGUUACGCGCUGCUUGAGAAUGGCUGCAUCUUUUCCGAGUUUGGCUCAAGACGUCGCCGAGACUACCACACUCAUGACUUAGUUAUGACAGGCCUUAUGAGAGCAGCAGAGGCAGGUAAAAAGGAUGGACUAAAAGGUGUCUUCACCGGUACUAGCAAUGUUCACUUUGCAAUGAAAUAUGGGGUAGACCCGGUUGGAACUGUCGCCCACGAGUGGUACAUGACAAUUGCUGCCAUCACUGGCGAUUACGAGAACGCAAACGAACUGGCUCUACGUUAUUGGAUGGGUUGCUUCGGUGAAGGAGUCCUUGGAAUCGCAUUGACCGACACUUUUGGUACACCAGCUUUCCUAGAUGCUUUUCGCAAACAAAUACCCAAGCACACCACUGCAGGAGUAGGAGCAGUCAGCACCACACCCUCCGGACCGUCCACAACAAGCCAGACAAUUCCUGAAAGCGAAGCGGAAACAAAGCCUCCGAUCUCCGCUCCUCUUGAUGAGGGUAGCACUCAGCAUGAAUCCAAGACUUACGCACAGGUCUAUAGCGGUAUCCGCCAGGAUUCUGGUGAUCCGACGUACUUUGUGAAAAUGGUGCGCGAUUUCUACGAUAGAGAGGGAAUUACGGAUCAGAAGACCAUUGUCUUUUCGGACUCGUUAAACAUUCAGCACUGCCUUGAGUACAAGGUUCUCGCAGAAGAGGCUGGGUUCAAGCCUGUAUUUGGUGUCGGCACCUUCUUCACCAAUGAUUUCGUACACAAAUCCACCGGCGAAAAGUCUAAGCCGCUUAACAUUGUCAUCAAGAUCUCUACGGCCAACGGAAACCCCGCUGUUAAGCUCAGUGAUAACAUGGGCAAAAACACGGGAGACAAGGAGACCGUCCAGCACGUCAAGAAGCAGCUAGGAUACAUCGAGCAGCAAUGGGAAGAAGGCGACGAAAGCAACCGAUGGGCUAAGAAGGACUAA